GUUUGUGUGGUUUUAAGUUCUGAAAUUAUAUUGUGUGACAAGUACCUUCUGUGAACUUAAGGAAAACCACAUACUGAAGAUUCUAGGUAAGAAAAUUAGCUUCGAACAUGUAUGUUUUCAUGUCUACUAUAUAUUUACUAAUACUAAUACUAGUUAAUUUUCAUUCUUAACUAAACUCUUUACUAUAACCUCUUUGAAAUGAAACGAUGAAAAUUUUAUUAAAUUUGUGAAUCUGAAAUCUUUUUCUACUGGAAACCAUACAAAUUCAACUAUCUAUAACAAAAAAAGGUAAAUUUUGAGAUCACACAUUUUACUCUGUUCAGCAAUUUUUAAGACUUUCGGUUCUAAACAGAAGACAAAAUUUAAGCUCUUUUCUUAGACUUGCAAAGAAAUCGUGUUCUCGGUACUUUAACAACUCACUACUCGUCAGCCUUGUCAACAAGUUAAAUCAAAUCAACGAGGUUGGCAUGUAAGCUGUAGUGUAGACAUAAUCCAAGUUUAAACAAGUCACAAUUCCAUACAUCUAAUAAUAGAUGGUGUAACUUCCAAAAAGGAGCCCUUUUUUUAUGCUGACAACUACAAAAGUUAGGACCAGAUAUACAAGCAACCUAGCUAACUAAAACCGUCCACCAUGUUAUAUAUAAACCUUGCAUAAUUGCAUUGGUUUGGUAGAGUUACCAAAUCAAACAGCCUCGUCUCUCACACUUCUCAAACACUUGCUAGCUUCGUACUUCCAUUAGCCACAUUCACAUUCACGUCUCACUUGUUGCAUACCAAAGAAAAGAACAAAAAAGUAUGGAUUUUGGGAGGUUUUUCCUGAUUGCUCUCUCACUAGCUGUGCUUCUCGAGCUAGCUCAAAGCUUUGAGUUCCAUGAAAAAGACUUGGCUUCUGAAGAGAGUCUAUGGGAUUUGUACGAGAGGUGGAGAAGCCACCACACGGUUUCUAGGGACCUUGAAGAGAAGCAUCAACGUUUCAAUGUGUUCAAGGCGAAUGUAAAGCACGUCCACAAGGUGAACCAGAUGAACAAGCCUUACAAGCUGAAGCUGAACAUGUAUGCAGACAUGACCAACCAUGAGUUUGUAAGUACCUACGCUGGUUCAAAGGUUAACCACUAUAGAAUGUUACACGGUGAACGACCAGCUACUAGCUUCAAGCACGAAAGCACUCACCACCUUCCAGCAUCUGUGGAUUGGAGGAAGAAAGGAGCAGUGACUGGAAUCAAAAACCAAGGCAGCUGUGGUAGCUGCUGGGCAUUCUCAGCCGUAGUUGCAGUUGAAGGUAUCAACCAAAUCGAAACAAACGAGCUGGUCUCUUUGUCUGAACAAGAGUUGGUUGAUUGCAACUCGAAAAACCAUGGUUGUGAAGGAGGGUUGAUGCCAGCAGCUUUUGCGUUCAUAAAGAACCAAGGAGGUAUAACUACUGAGCAGAGCUAUCCCUACAAAGCCAGUGACGGUUCUUGUGAAUCAUCCAAGUUCACCAACUCUCCUUUGGUGACCAUUGAUGGAUACGAAAUGGUACCCGAAAACGAUGAGAAUGCUCUGAUGAAAGCCGUGGCAAACCAACCUGUAUCUGUUUCCAUAGAUGCUGGUGAUAGAGAUUUUCAGUUUUACUCAGAGGGAGUUUAUUCAGGAGAUUGUGCAACACAGCUAAAUCAUGGAGUGGCAGUAGUGGGGUAUGGAGCAACUCUUGAUGGGACAAAAUACUGGAUAGUGAAGAACUCUUGGGGAACCGAUUGGGGAGAGAAAGGUUUUAUUAGGAUGGAACGUGGAAUUGAUGCAGAAGAAGGGCUGUGUGGUAUAGCAAUGGAUGCUUCUUAUCCAGUUAAAUCUUCACCAAACCCCAAAACUGAUUCUCCUAAGGAUGAACUAUAGUGCUACUAACCUAAAGCACAUAUAUAAAGUUUUAUUAAAUUUCAGGCAUGGUCAAUUUCAAGCCUUUAUAUUAGUAAUACAUUAAAUAAAAUCUUUCUCAUACUAGACCUUGUACUAGUUUUAU